AUGAACAGCGACACCCUGGCCAUCGCACUCGACAGGGCAAAGUUCUAUGCCAGAGACGCCAUUUUCACCCUCUCACAGGCAAGUCCUCCCCUCCUCCACGCUUACCCGCUGACCCCCGCGCAGUGCAUCUGCCAGCCUGAUGCGACACUCAAAAUCAAUGGCCGAUCAUACAAAAUAGAGAAGCUGCUUGGCGAAGGCGGUUUCUCAUUCGUCUAUCUCAUACGCGACUUGUCGUCGGACAGGCUGUACGCCUUGAAAAAGAUCCUGGUGACAUCGGGGCAAGACGGGGUGAAGGAGGCUAUGCGAGAAGUAGAAGCGUAUCGAAGAUUCAGACACCCGAAUAUCAUUCGUAUCUUGGACUCGGCUGUGGUCCAAGAGGAGAGCGGAGAAGGUAAAAUAAUAUAUCUGUUUUUGCCGUACUUCUCUCGCGGCAAUCUUCAAGACGCCAUGAAUACCGCGACUGUGACUGGAAACCGCAUGCCUGAACAAAACUUGUUGACGUUAUUCCAUGGAACAUGCUUAGCGGUUCGUGCUAUGCACGAAUUCCACCUACCAAGCAUCCCCACCACCUACCCCCCUGCGGCUUCCCGUGAAGACCAGCCGCUAGUUGGUGACACUGUGUUUGACCAUGACGAAGAACUCGACACCGCAGUCCAGGGCGACCUGGUCCCAUAUGCCCACCGGGACAUCAAACCGGCCAAUAUCAUGAUAGGUGAUGAUGGAGCCCCUGUACUCAUGGACUUUGGAUCUACCAUCAAGGCUCGCAUCAUGGUCAAUACACGACAAGAAGCGUUGCUGGAACAGGACAUUGCCAGCGAACACUCUUCCAUGCCCUAUAGAGCACCAGAACUCUUUGACGUCAAAACUGGCAAAAUAUUGAACGAAAAGUGUGAUAUAUGGUCUCUAGGCUGUACAUUGUACGCAAUCGCCUACGGACAUUCACCCUUCGAAGUCGACGGACAGUCUAUUGCCAUGGCGGUUGGCAGCGGUCGAUACAAACAACCACCCGGCUACUCUCAAAAAUUCGUCGCUCUCAUCGACAGCAUGCUUGUCGUUGACCCCGAGCAGAGACCCGAUAUACAACAGGUCAUCGACACAACUGAGGCAGCUCUCAGGGAGCAAGUGUAG